UCCAAUUCAACAUGAAGCAGUUCGCAUUGUUCAGCAUCUUCCUCCUAAUUCUGGCUGUGGGUUUGGCACAAAUGCCCCUGCAGGUGGCCGCCCAGGGCCAAAAUGGACAACCGCAGGGACAGCCGCCAAGACCGCCAAAUGGCAAUGGAAACGGCAACCAGCAGAGUGGACAAGGACAAACCGGGCAGAACAACUAGAGCUAGAAUGUUUCUGGGGGACACUCCUCCUGGCCACUUUCCCCCAGUUACUUAAAUAAACACUUUUCUCAGCAAA